AUGCCGAGGCUACCCUGGCUCCUGGUUGUUUUAUUUUGGCCACCAGUUCCACGAGGAGCUCUUGGCCACCGGGCGAGGCCGCGGUAUCCGCACAUCGAGCUGCGCAGCCACUCGGUGGACAGCUCAGCGGUGCGUCCGCUGCACUACAACAUCAGUCUGCUGACCGAGGUGGACCGGGUCAGGCUGGCCGGCACCUUCAGCGGCGAGGUGACCAUCCAGGUGCGCGUGUGGCGAGAGACGCGGACCAUCGUCCUCAGCUCCAACGGACUGCGAGUGGGCCCCAAGGUGUGGCUAAUCCGCAAGAGCACCGGCGGCCGGGUGACGGUGCGCAAGGUGUGGCAGGUGGUCCGCCUCCACCGGCUGGGCAUCGACUUCAACAGCAUGCUCUGGCUGGGCGAGGAGUACACCCUGGUGCUCGAGUUCAGUGGCCAGAUGUCCCGCUCCGGGGGCUACUUCCUCGGCGGCUACCAGGACGCGUCCAGCCACCAUCCGCAGUGGGUGGCGGUCACCCAGCUCUUGCCCGACCUGGCCAACACCGUCUUCCCCUGCUUCGAGGACACCACCCACCUCAGCCCCCUCGUCCUCAAUCUGGCCCACCCCAGGACCACCGGGGCCGUGAGCAUCACGCGGGUGCGGCAGACCUCCGACCAUGAAAGGGACGACUACAUGUGGACCAGCUUCCACCAGACACCGCCGACGUCCGUCCAGAAGCUGGCGUUCUCCAUCAACCGCUUCACGAGUCGCAAGUCCCCUCCCCUAGCCAAGUGCCCGGUGGUGAUCAGCUGGUUGCGACCGAGGAUCGCCGAUCAGGGGGAGUACGCCAUUCGCAUCACGCCCCAGAUCAUCGUGUACUUUGUGGGACUGUUUGGAAAGCCGUACGCCUCGGAUAAGAUCGACCAGCUGGUCUUGCCAGACACAGCAUAUCAGAGUCAUGAGCACUUGGGUUUGGUAAGCCAUCCGGAGAGGUUGUUCCUCUACAGCGAGGAGCAGUCGACGGCGAGGGCCAAGCAGGAGGUGGCCAGUAACCUGGCCCACGAGUUCGCCCACCACUGGUUCUCCGACCUGGAGAAUCCCGCCCUCUACUGGCUGCACUACGGCCUGUCCAACUAUCUGGGUGGCUUCGCCGUGGACAAUGUGGAGCCCAGCUGGCGGCUCCACGAGCUCUCCAUGUUGCGGCAGGCCUUCGACGUCCUCGGCGAGGACUCCAAGGCCAGUGCCCAGCCCGUGAGCCUCGCUCACUCCUCCCAUCAGACGGACAUCCAGGCCCACCAGAAGUCAGCCCUGCUGUUCCGCAUGCUGCACUCCCUCAUUGGCACCCAGGUGUUCGUCAACGCAUUGCGCACGUACCUGCGGCGCUCGCAGAAGGGAUCCUCAAACCAGACGCUCCUGUGGAGGGCCUUCCAGGAGGAAUCGGACCGCCACAUGAGCCUGCGCCAGGACGUCCUGGUGAGCCGGCUGAUGGACUCGUGGACCCUGCAGCCGGGCUAUCCGCUGGUCACGGUAGAGCGCGACUAUGCCACCAACCAGGUGACCGUCACCCAGCAGCGCUUCCUGCGCAAUCCGAGUGCCGGCAAUGGAAGGCGUCCGAUGCACCGCCACCAGUGCUGGUGGGUCCCGCUGACCUUCACCUCGGCGGGCCGCGGAAGCUUUGCGUCGACGCUGCCCAGCGAGUGGCUGACCUGCCGCCCCCACCAGGCGCCCAGUCCGCUGAUCCUCGACGACGUGGCCCAGCCGGACGAGUGGGUGGUCUUCAACCUGCGGGUGACCACUCCCUGCCGCAUCACCUACGACGAGCGCAACUGGCGGCUGAUUGGGAAGGCUCUGGCGGCCGAGAACGGCAGCAGCAUUGACCGCUUCACCCGGGCCCAGCUGAUCGGGGACGCCCUCAACCUGGCCGGCGCCGGCAUCGUCACCUACGACCUGGCCCUGAACCUGGUGGGAAACCUGCGCCACGAGAGCGAGUUCAUCGUGUGGCAAGUGGCGGCCGGCUGCCUGGAGUGGCUCUACCAAUCCCUGCGCAACACCCAACUGUUCUCCGUUUUCAAGAUCUUUAUGAGAUCCGUGCUGCAGCCCAAGUUCGACGAGCUGUUCAACCCAAAGGCCCCGGGCAACCACUCAGACCUGAUGGGUAUCAUCCUGCAGCUGUCCUGCCAGAUGGAUCUGAGCUCCUGUGCGAACCUGGCGCUCAAGGAGUUCGCUGGCCUGAGCCUGCAGAGCAACAGCAUUCCGGUGGAUCGGCGCGGGACCAUCUAUUGCACAGCCAUUCAGUUCGGAACGGAGGCGGAUUGGACGCUUCUGAGGCGGCUGUACAAGAGGUCGAAUGUGGCCGAGGAGCGAAGGAUCAUACUGGGUGCCCUGGCCUGCAGUCGCGAAAACUGGGCUCUGGAGAAAUUGCUGGGCCUGGCCUUCGGCAGUCGCUACAUGCCCAAGGACGAUGUCCUCCUGAUCUUCACCGCCGUGGCGCAGAAUCCCUUGGGCUACGUACUGGCCAAGAAAUACCUGAUGGACAACAUCAAGGCAAUCAGGAAAUUUUACGAAAACAGCACCGAUGAUAUCGCACAACUCAUUAUGGUCCUGGUGGACGAGAUCCACACGGCGGCUGAGCUCGAGCAUUUACAAACGUUCAUGAAGACAGAGCUCAAGGAUCUGCCCGGCAUCGAGGCCAGCUCCCGACGCAUCCUGGAGGUGGGAAACGACCACAUAGCCUGGCACACCAAGCAGUACCUGCAGGUGGUCUCCGCCGCCUGCAACAUCACCGGAUCCGUGGAGCCGCAGUGCAUCUACUAGGUCAAGUUGGAUUGACUUAGGUCAG